AUGUCCAAAGUGUCUAUUGAUGGCAUACGAACGAAGAGUAAUAACUCUCAAGAUAAAUCUACAAACAAGAAGAGAACAAAAGCUUCGAGAGCUUGUGAUCAAUGUAGGAAAAAAAAGAUAAAAUGUGAUUACAAUGAUGAAAAGGCAAUUUGUACACAUUGUUCAAGAAAUAAUGAGGCUUGCACAUUUGAACGUGUACCAUUGAAAAGAGGUCCAUCAAAAGGAUAUCAUAAGAGUACUACUAAGAAAAAUAAAAUCAAUAAUACAAAUAUUAUGAAUACUGUGGAUCCAUUAAAUCCUGGAAUUAUUCAGGGAGGCAAUACGGCUACCACGAUUGGUAAUGAUCAGAAUUCAAUGGUGACACCGACUACGUUAAUACCGUCUGGUAAUAUUGGUGUUCCAUCCGUAUUUGCACAAACAAAUGAUAAUACUCCUUCAAAUGAACAACUUGUAUUGAUGGAUAACAACAACAACAAUAAUAAUAAAGUGAUACCUAGAACGCCGUCCCGGUCUAACUCUGCAUCCAUUUUAUUACCUCCAUUAUCUCAAUAUAUGCCGCCUAGUAUUGGAAGUAGAACAGGAAGCGUGAGUGCUGGGGCGAAUAAUGAUUUGGGUUAUGGUCCUACAACUACUAAUAAUAACAAUAAUACCACUAGUAUUGCUGUUGCAGGAGUCACUACAACUAGUAAUAAUAAUAAUGGAGGUAGUAAUACUAAUAAUUUCGGUGUAUUGAAUAUUAAUAACUCUUCUACGUUACCUAAUUUUAAUUUGGGACAACAACAAUUUUGGAAAGUGCCAUAUCAUGAAUUUUCUCAUAAAAGAAAAGGUUCGAUAGAUUCUUUGUCCAGUGAUAUUUCAGUAAGAAAUGUGAAUCAGCAGGAUCAAUUUUAUAUGAAUACAGGUAAUAAUGCUAAUACGUCUCAAAAUAUGAAAAAAACUAGCUCUUCAGGUUAUAAUAAUAGUAUAGGAAGUGGUAGUACAUCAGGUAGUAAUUAUUGGUCAUUUUUUAAAAGUACCGCAAAUAUUAAUAAUCCUCCAAAUAAUAUUGUCACUCCAACGAAUAAUAAUACUAAUAAUAUAAUCGCCACCAAUAAUAAUAAUAAUAAUAAUAACAAUAGUAAUGAUGAUACUCAAAGUGAACGAUCUAGAGGAUCAAGUCUUAUUCCAUCAAUCAUUAGACAAACUUCGAACUCGGUAAUAAUGGGAGGGCAACCUCAGUUACCUCCGCCAUCAUCAUCACCUGCAUUACAACCUCAAAACUCAUAUUCAUAUUUUCAGUUUCAACAACAUCAAUUACAAUCACUAAAUGGUAACAAUAAUAAUAGUAAUAGUAAUAAUAAUAAUGGUAAUAAUCCAAACAGCAUAAACCCAAAUAAUUAUAACCCAUCGUUAACUAUGUUUAGUCAAUAUGCAACUACGGGGUUUCAAUCAAGAAAUAACUCAAUUACUAGUGAUGCAAUGUCGCCAUCAAGUUCAUCGAUUUAUCCACCAGUGGUAAAACAAAACCUUGCCCCAACAGCAAUAGAAUCUACUAAGAUUUCCUUACCACCACAAAAUUUAACUAACCAUAACAGAAACAAUGAAAAUUUGGAUUACAACAAAGUGAGCUCACAAAGAGAACCUUCCCCAUCUAUAAAAAUUAGGAAUAACAGCAACAACAAUAGAUUGCAUAGAAAUUCAAGUGUUGCAUCUAUUGAAUCUCUUCUUUCAGGUAACGAUAUGGAUUCUAAUAGUGACAUCAAGAAUAGAAAUCGUAAUAAUUCAGCAAAUAAUACUUCAGCAGCGUCAGAUUCUAAUGUUCAAAAGAAUGAGUUAUCUAAGAAGAGUCAUGACAUGAUAGGGAAGCCACAGGAACAUAUUCAAAAUACGGCUGGCAAUGUUAUACUCUAUGGCCAAAUAUCCGAUAUUGAAUUAAUUAAUUUAUAUUAUGAAUUCAUACAUGUUGGUUUCCCCAUUAUUCCUUUGAAUAAAAGAACCUUAACGAAUGAUAUUUUGUUAGUCAAUACACAACCAAUAUCCUCAAUCCAUGAGUUGAACAAUUAUGUUAUCCUGUGGUUUAGAAAUUCAUUAGAACUUUUGGUAAGGGUCGCCUUGAAAAAAGAAAAUAAAAAUGAUCAUUUCUUUGAUAAUAAAUUUAGUAAUCCAUUCGAUAAAUUUAAGAAUCUAUCCUCACAUCAAAAUAAUAAUGAGUCAGGAACAAAAAAUGAUAUCAAACCAGACGGGACAACAGAUGGAGAGAACGAAUUACCAACGAAAGAAUUAUUUGAAGUUCAAAGUAUAUUUAUCGCAGCUUUGAACGAAUGUUUCCAAAAGAUUGUUGAUAUUCAUCCAAAAUUUAGAGAAAAUAAAGACAUUAUAUCGCCAAAGAUUAAAAUCAUAUAUUUAUCUACAUUAUUAAUCCUUAAUUACAUUUUGGGAUACGUUGGAUAUGAUAAUUCUUUUGUUUUAGGUAUGUCAGUGACUAUUUUCAACGAGUUUAAACUAUACAAAUUACUUAUUCUACCUGAAAAUGAUAGUUCUGGUUAUUACAAUAUAUUUAGAGGUUCUUUGAAUGAUAUACCUACUGGAAGUAUCGAUUCAAGCAUAGACGAAAAUGAAAGACUUGAAAAUAUCCAAUUUGAAAGAGACACAUUGGUAAUCUUCAAAAGAUUAUAUAUUUCUUUAAUUAUAUUUGACUCUUUACAAAGUUGCACAUUUGGAGGUCCGAAGUUAUUAAACAUCUCUGUGGACAAACAUAUGAUUGAUGCAAUUUUUAACUCUCUGAACGAGAGUAUUAACGCUGGUACCGAUGAUAAAUGGUGCUUAGAUGAAGAUCCGAUACGUUUAAAGAUUAUUGUCCAGAAUUUGAAAUUAGGAGUAUUACUUUCACAACUAUCGAUGAAUAGAGUCUCUUUAAAUUCUUCCAAUAACACAAAAAAUGUUGACCUCACCAGGCUAGUAUGGUUGCCGGAGCAUAUGGCACAUAGUGUCGAAAUGUGGAAUAAGGAAAACGAAUCAGAUGCUCUUCCACAUCAUGUUGUAAACCAUAAACAUAGAGAAUCAAGAGGAAGUUUAUGUGGCAGUAUGUCAGAAAUAACAACAAUGUCAGCGCUAUUUUCAGCUGUUAUCCAAACAAAACAAUAUCUGAUUAAUUACCUAAUUUCCAUAAACCAUAAAAGCGAUCCAAAUUUUAAAAUGACGAUUGACAUGACGGGCGUAAUUGCAGAUACGUUAUGUAGUCUUUUAAAACAAAUUUUGAAGUUAUUAACUCUAAUGAUGAGAACGAACUCUGUUAAUAGUAUCGACCCCAACAACAGGCCCUCUUUGUCUCCAGCUACGACACACAUGGCAGCUCGUACAGGAAGUGUUCCUGACGAUAACACAGAUGCUGCAUUAUCCUCAAUUCCAACUGCCGCCUCGAUGACAAUGAAUGCGGCCACUCCGAACGUUCCGCCAUCUGGACGUUCUACGACUCCAAUAACAAACGAUUUCUAUCAGAAGCUAUUAGGUUUGGAUGGUGACGGUAGUGAUAGUUCGGGAGCGAAUAAAGGUACCGUUUCACUUUUUGGUAUUUCAAUUUUCCAUGAAUUGUAUAACUUAACCAAUAUCAUAAAGCAACUGCCAACUGUUUUGAUCCGUGUCGUUAUGAAAAUAUCUUAUACGGAUAAUUUGAAGGCACAAGCACAGGUGGUCAAAUUAUCGAAUUCGCUAAAUGAGGUUGUGCAAAUUGUAAGCUUAUUGAGCCUGAUGAAACCGUUCAAAAUGUUCGAAAGUGAAAGUCUGAAGGAUAAGGCAUUAACAAUGGAUGGGGAGUUCAAUCCAGAACUCUCAUUGAAAUGGAAAUACAUAAGCAAGAGUGCUGACAUAUACUCAAAUGUUGAUGUUGCAAGUGAUGAGUGGAUUAUAGCAAGAUUUAUAAACGUUGGAUGGAUGCUACUGGAUGACGCAGAAUUAGGCUGGUAUCAGUAA